CCUUGUAUCAUUUGUCAGGUCAGGUCAUUUUCGAGUUGGGUUCUGUCGAGUUUCAGGUUAAAAAUUUUGGCUCGAGCCGUCCAUCGGGUCAGAUUUUUGGACCGCGCUCGACCUGUGAUAUGGUCGGGUCGGGUUGGGUCAAACCAAUAUAUUUUGUGUGUGAUAUUUGGGUUUGGUCGGAUUUUUUUUCACGUUUCUGGUCAAAAAUUUUAGCCCAUGCCCAGCCCGUGUUUUAGAUCAGGUCAUAAAUAUCAGCCCAAGCCCACCAACAUAUUGAUUAGGUCGGAUUAGGUUGGGUUUUUUUCCAGGUUGAUCGGGUCGGGUUUGUCAGGUCGGGUAAAGGCGCGAUCAGGUCUAGUCCCUCAUAGUUGUCCAUAUAGUAGGGCACACGUUUGCAUGCCGGGUUAGUGUGUUUCUGUGUACGUGAGUAGGGAUGGAAACGGAUCGGAUACGAAUGGAUGUGUACGGAUAUGAAUAUAGAUAUUUAUUUUUUCUCAGAUCAAAUUCGGGUACGAAUGGUGCCAAGAUGUGUCGAAUAUUGAUAUUCGUCCUAUUCACAUAUUAGAUAUCCAACUUUGACUCUCUGGAUUCAAAUAUGAUGUGUAUAUUGAAUAGCUGGAUUUAGAGUGUCUGAACCCUUUCGGGCGGAUGAACGAACCACUUUCAUCCUUUAUGUGAAAGGUGUCCCAACCUGCGCGUCGGUGGCUUUAGAACGUGAUUGUAAUGCUUUAAUGUUGAAGUAAUAUAAGUUUUUCCUACUUUAAAAAAACUUAUGUUCCAUGAGGAAAACAUAAUUUAUGGUUUUAUGGUAAUUUUUUAGUAGUGGUAAACAAAAUGUGGAGGCUUUGAUUUUGGUGGCAAACUUGCAAUUUGUAUUUGUAUAAGGACAAAUUUGUGUCAAGAGAUCAGAGCAGUACUCCAAGGGGAAAAAGUGGAGAAUUUUCCCCAUGCCAUCCAGCAGCAUCCCAUACCGAUCCAUCAAGGACACGAUCUAUAUCAAAAAAAAGGAGCACGAUGAGAUCUGGUGUUAGGGUGGCUUUGUUCUCCUUUACAGCUCAGUGUUCGCCUUCCAAUCCGCCUCCAUGUUGGCUGCGAUUCCAUGGCCAUGAUGUAUUCGAGGGCCUCAAAGGACAGGUCCAGUUCUUACUAUUCCUCUUACCAAAUACUAAUUUUAGCUCUCGACAAUUCCUCUCUUCCUCUCCUUUUGCCAUGCUUUGUUGGUGCAAAAGUAUUCCGUAGAUAAUCUAUUUUCCCUCUUGGAAUUUUCUUUACUUUUCUCUGUUAUCUUAGAAAGGAGAAUACGAAGAAAUCUUAAAAAAAUAUUAUGGAGAAGUUAAAUGUAAUCUAAUUUCACUUUUUCAUAUUUUCCCACCUUUCUCUCCUCCAUCUAGAAUGGAGAGAGGGGAAGGUGGGGUAUAGUGUUCAAUUUUUUUGCCAAUAUAUUUUCUUGAAAUGGGAAGAAGAGCAAGGAAUUAACUCUGUGGUAAAUCCUCAAUUCUUUUGUUUGGAACUUGCAGUUUUUAUUGAUUUUUUUAGCUGAUUUCCCUUUGUUGCCUCUUUAGAUUGAUAUUUUAGUACCAAUUGGUUUCGUUUUAGGUUAUCAACACAUCGUGUUAUGCAUUUAUCGCUGCAAACAAAAUUUCAAUUGUACUGAUAUUGGCCACGGUGAAGAGGAUUGCUUUCUCCUUUACAGAAAUCCAAUGAAACCUUUGAACAAAUAUUUGGAAUCACAGGAGUUAUUUUCUCUAGACACAGGCCCUUAAAGGUGACAUUUUUGUCUUCAACAUUGCCUGCAUUCUGAAGAAUCUUACUUUAAUUCUGAGUUGCAGACAUAGAACUGUAAAAUUUUGGUGGGUGGCUUGCAUUAUUCACUGUCAAUUUGCAAUCCGUACAUCUAACUUUUAUUCAGUUCUCUGAAUUACAGUUUAAUUUAUGAUUGGAGUUUCUUGUAAUUAGGCUUUUUCUCUCUGAAAUUCCAAGGAAAUACCAGUCUGGACUCUAUAGAAUUACAUGAAAGACCUCAUUCAGCAUUACUAGUUUCGAAUUUUGACUAAGAAUUUCAUCAAGGCUAUUGUUGCUGGAACAAGAAGUACCUGGCUUCUUGCACUAAUUUUCUGGUAAUGAUGAAGAUAUUCACAAGGAAUCCACUGCAAAGCUUAAUACAGAUUCGGUGCAUUCAAUCAAGUGGAAAGGCAUUGAAUGUGCUUCUAGGUCACCUUUGUCCAAAGUGUUCUAGAAGGCAUGAGGGCACAACUUCAGGAAGCCAAACCACUGGAUGCACAUGUUUCCGAUGGUUCUUCACACCGUCUAGUAAUGAUCCUGCAACCGUACCAAGCGCAAAUGGUGGAAAUACUGAAGUGCUCACCUCCCAGCCACGAACAAAUGGUUUUGAUCCUAGUUACCAGUUGGACGAUGCAGAUAAGCCAGUUUCAGCUGUUGGCCAUCGUAGGAAAUCAAGCAUGCACCAUAGAUUGAAAAUAUGGAUCAGCAGUGGGCAUAACGGCAUAAUGGGAAGGUAUGGAAAUAAGUUGGAGUUGGGUGUUCCCAAUGUGGCUAAGCCGUUAUCAGAUGAGAGUGCUGAUCCUGGAUGGCCAGAAUGGCUCACAAAUGUGGCACCAGAGGUAGUACAAGGAUGGUUCCCUCGACGACUAGAUUCAUUCGAGAAAUUAGGCAAGGUUGGACAAGGAACUUAUAGUAGUGUGUACAAAGCCCGGGAUCUUAAAACUGGCAAGAUUGUUGCUCUGAAAAAGGUGCGGUUCGUCAAUGUGGAUCCUGAAAGCGUACGCUUUAUGGCUAGAGAAAUUUUUGUUCUACGGAAACUCAAUCAUCCAAACAUCAUAAAGUUGGAAGGGGUUAUAACAUCUUCUUUUUCACGAAGCUUGUUUCUUGUAUUUGACUACAUGGAACAUGACCUUGCUGGCCUUGUUGCAACUCCAGGCCUCAAGUUUUCUGAGCCACAGGUCAAAUGCUUACUGCAGCAGUUACUUAGUGGCCUCGAUCACUGCCACAGCAAUGGAGUUUUGCAUCGGGACAUGAAGUGUUCCAACCUCUUGAUUGAUAGAAAUGGUGUUCUGAAGAUCGCAGACUUUGGCCUCGCAACAUCUUUCGAUCCAGACAAUCAACAGCCAUUGACAAGCCGUGUUGCAACAUUGUGGUACAGACCACCUGAACUUCUUCUCGGCGCCACCAAGUAUGGUCCUUCUGUGGAUAUGUGGAGUACAGGGUGCAUUCUUGCAGAAUUGUUUGCUGGCAAGCCAAUCCUGCCUGGAAGAACUGAGGUGGAGCAACUCCACAAAAUUUUCAAGCUCUGCGGAUCACCUUCCGACGAGUAUUGGGAUAAACUGGAAGUGCCCCAAACAGGGAUGUUCAAGCCUGGUAGCCAGUACAAGGGAUGCAUUGCUGAGACAUUUAAGGAUUUUCCUCACUCAGCUCUAACUCUUCUAGAUAUUUUGCUUGCCUUCGAACCAGAAGCUCGUGGAACAGCUGCCACCACUCUCCAGAGUGAUCUUUUCAGAACAAGCCCACUUGCCUGCAGUCCCUCAAGCUUACCGAAGUGUCCACCAAGCAAAGAGUAUGAUGCCAGACUCAGAAGGGAGGAAUAUAGGAGGCAAAGAAAGGCAGCUCAGGAUGAAAAUUUGAAUCCAAAACUAAGUCAUGCUGAUGAAGGCUAUGGUAAAUCAAAGAAACACAAAGGUGCGGCACCAGAUAUCAAUAUUGCAAAUCUAAACUCACAGGAUGAAACACGGACAUUAGCAACUGGGUUGGAAUCUCAAGAAUUUGACUCCACAUGGAUCAUGAGGGGAGAUUCCACUGCCCAUCCGGAGGUACCUGGACGCAAAUACAAUUCUGUCCGGGUGGCGAACCCCACUGGCAUGCGGAAAAACAGAUCAAAUAUGCUUCAACCUGAAUCUGCUGACGCAAGGAAUGAAGUGUCCACUUCUCACAGCAAUAACCCGGGGACGAAGCGCCCAAUUGUGAGAUACAAGGGCAGGAGCAAAAGAUAUCAGCACUCAGGUUCGAUGAUCACAGAAAAAGGAAGCAUGGAGCAGAUGCUCAAGGAGCAUGAAAAGAACAUCCAAGAAGCGGUGCGCAAAGCCCGCAUAAACAAGAGCAAAGAGUUGUGAAACAGAUGACUCAGAUUAUACCAUCGACUCAUGCUGCUUGGAAAAUGAAACCUACUAUCAUGCUGCUUCGAAACGGCAAAACUGCAGUUGCUGCUGCAUUUAAAGAUAUCAGAAUUUGCAGAGAGAAUUUGUGACCACCUUGGAUAUGCAUCGACCUUGACAACACUGUGGUUUCUGCCCAGGGGUUUCUGAAUCAUCCCCCACCUGAAGUUGUCUUUGCCCUGGGCUUCAGAGUCCCUGGCUUUCCUCUCCAUGAAGAAGGAGCGUGAGAUGUGAUUUCCUCAGCGAGGGGAACUCUGGCUUACCCAGCCAAGAUCCUUGUUCUCUAGAUCAGUAGUAAAAUCUGCAACAGAAAGGCCAUCGACACCAUGGAUACUGAUCACAUCCACUCUUCGACUGGAUAGACAGAUUAUUAGCCACUCAUGUAUCUCGUUUCCCAGGAAUCAGUAUCCUGGUGCAAUCAGUUAUCUGCAGUAGUCAUGCAGUGUAAUCUGUUCUCCAAAGUCCAACCCUCUCUUCUUCUCCCAGUAAUCGGGCAAGAGCUGCUUUCAGCAGACUGAAGCCGUUGUAAAUUUGUUGGUUUCUCGACCUUGCAAUGCAAGAAAGAAAUAAAUCAUUUGUUAAAAUCAAGUUCAUCCUUCAAGCAAUGAUGCAUCUUUCUGCAUCUGGUGUCUCCAGAAGAAGCGAAACAUGGAGCUAUCAUUCUAAGUUUCUGACAUUCCAAGGAUAUCUUCAGCUAGAUCAAUCUAGGCUGCUAAUUUGAGUGGCAAUUUUCAAGGUCUGAAUUUGUUCACAAAUGCUGCAGGUCUUCCAAAAUAUUGAGGAAACAAAGUGGAGAAACGUCAUGUCAAAGGUCAUAUGUCAUUUUAUAUGAUGUUUGUGCAAUGAAAUCACUUCAUUGACAAGGAAAAUAAAAGCUGUUGGCACCAUGCUACCAGUUGUUGCCUUGUUGGUCAAUUAUGUCA